CCAGUGGAAAGUUGCGGUUCCCUGUUUGGUGUCUCGGACGACACAGUUGAAUCGAGUGUCGGAAAUAUUAGCUUUGUAUUUAAGCGGCAUUCGCCCCUUUCCUCUCCGACCAAACCCUCGCCGGGCAGAUGGCUGAAGACAGCGAAGCGACAAAGCACGGGUCCGGAGAAGCGCCCGCAAAGGGAAGCAACGAGGCAGAGGCCUCCGCGACGCCCCCUCCGCCUCCGGCCUCCGGGCUCCCAUCCGUCUCCCUCAACAUCUGGCCGCCGUCGCAGCGGACGCGGGAGGCGGUGAUCCAGCACCUGAUCGAGACCCUCACCUCUCCAUCCGUCCUCUCCAAGCGCUACGGCGUCCUCUCCCUCGACGAGGCCUCCGCCACUGGCCGCCUCAUCGAGGAGGAGGCCUUCGCUGCCGCGGCCACGGCUGCGGCUGCGGACGGCGCCCACGCCACCUCCGUCGACGAAGAGGUGGAGAUCCUCCAGAUCAACUCGAAGGGGAUCACCGCGGCCGCGGACGGCGCCCACGCCACCUCCGUCGACGAAGAGGUGGAGAUCCUCCAGAUAUACUCGAAGGGGAUCAGCAAGCGCGUGAUUGAGACCGUCAAGAAGAGAGGUUCAUCCGUGGACGGCGCCGCCAAGGUGACACCGACGCCCGCCGAUUCUGACGCACCUGCCACUGCUGCCGGUGAGGAAGCCUCAUCUCUCGAAUCAGAGACUCCACAAGCUUAAAUUUGGGCUCUGGAUACUAUAUCAUGGUACUCUUUCCUUUUCUGUUUCUUGAGUGUUUGUUACAUUGUUCUCAGAUGAAAUGCUUGUCUUGGUCUGGAAUUUUUAGUUGGUGGUGUUGUCGAGGAUGAUUGCAUUUUGUGGAUCUGUAGACUUGCAAUGCUGCAUUGAAUUGCUAUAUGGUGAUGUUUAGGGUUUUAUGACAUAGUACUGCUACUCUAUAUCAACUAAAUAAAGCUAAAGGAGAAUGUUCAAUCU